UGGCACACAGACGUUCAAAAUGAUUUCAUUAGUAACCGCAUUUAUCGGUGUUUUGAUAUUGAUUUACGUAUUAUUAACAAAAAAACAUGAUUACUGGAAAAAGAAAAAUGUUCCAUAUAUAAAUCCGAGACUAAUUUUUGGCAACUUCCGAGAUUUUAUACUAUUUAAAAAGACUCCUUCUUCAAUUUUACGUGAAAUUUGUGACCAGUUCCCUGAUGAACCAUACGUCGGUGUCUUUUAUGGUACAGCACCAGCUCUCGUCGUCAAGGAUCCUAAAAUAUUAAAACUGGUGUUGACACAAGACUUCUAUUACUUCAAUGGUAGAGAAAAUACAGACCACGCUAACAGAGAGCCCAUUACAACGAAUUUGUUUUCAAAUGGAGGUGAUCAUUGGAAAGUAUUACGACAGAAUUUAACUCCACUUUUCACAUCUGCAAAGUUGAAGUAUAUGUUUCCAACUAUCAAUGAAUGUGCUGAGGAAAUGGAAACCUACCUUAAGGAUGAAAUACAAAUUUCGGGGAAUAUUAAUAUAAAAUCUUUGUUCGCUAGAUAUUCGAUGGAAUGUAUUAUUAGAUGUGUUUUUGGGCUAAAAGCGAACACUAUGAAAAGAGAUAAAGCAAUUAAUCCCUUUGUUACUAUAGGUGAAGCAAUUGUUGCAUCAUCAACUACGGCGGGUUUGAAAAACAUUGGUCGAGCCAUGUGGCCUGAUUUAUUUUACGCAUUGGGUUUCCAGAUGUUCGACGACAGAAUUGAAAAAUUCUUUGGCCACUUAUUCAGAGAAACUCGUAAAAAUCGUUCCACUGAGACAACUUUAAAGAAAGACUUUGUCGAUCUUAUUCUGGGCUGGGAAAAGCAACAAUACAUAACCGGAGACAGUUUUAGCAAUAACCAAACGAAUGACAAGAAGAUAGAAAGAAUUGAAGUGAAUGAAGACUUACUUGUAGCACAAUGCACUUUAUUCUUCGCGGCUGGAUUCGAAACAACAUCGUCCACAAUAAAUUACCUUCUGUAUGAACUGGCAAAAAAUAAACAAGCCCAAGAACGACUCAUAGAAGAAGUGGAUGCAUACUUUAAAAAACAUGGUGAUAUUAAGUACGAAUGUAUAACUGAGUUGCCAUAUAUUGAAGCAUGUAUUGAAGAAGCACUUCGUCUUUACCCGGUGUUACCUGUCAUCACCAGAGAAGUGAUGAAUAGCUACACGCUGCCAACUGGGCUGCGCCUUCAGAAAGGUGAUCGCGUACAUAUACCUAUUGAUUACAUCCAUCGGCAACCGGAGAACUUCCCGGAUCCUACGGUAUACCGUCCCGAACGAUUCUUUGGUGAUGAGAAGAAGAAAAUCAAACCAUACACCUACAUGCCAUUCGGUGAAGGUCCAAGAGUUUGUAUUGGUGCUCGUUUUGCAAGAAUGGUUAUGUACGCUGGGCUCUUGACUAUAUUCAGGAAGUAUAGGACUGAGCUUGGAGAUAACAUGCCCGAUACUUUGGAAUUUAAGCCAGUGUCUCCUGUACUCCAAGCUACAAUAAAUAUGUAUGUCAAAUUCAUUCCUCGUGAAAUUUGAUCAAGCAAUCAGUAGAUAAAUUGUAUUUUUUA